AGGAAGCGUCAGAAGCGGGAGGAGAAUGUGGAAGGUUCGAUGAUGCCGCAAAAGAAGUCAGAUCAGCUCCUACAGCCCGUGCAGCCAGCUUUCUGUGCUAAUAGCUAUACUCACUUCUACAGGUUCUAUAGACAACGGGCUCAUGCGAACCCUUUCUCCGACCAUGAUCUUGUGUAGUACGUGCAAUUAGAGCCAUCGUGGGAAAGGGAAAGCAUUGAUCGGACUAUUGCAGUCCUGCAACUCCCCAAGCUAUGGAUUGGUCCUCCUACUAUCCGGUCCUUGUCGCCACUGAUGCCACCAAGCCAACGCCGAAGGAGGGACCGAAUGCUGACACGCGUUAUUCUGCAAAUUGGGCGCCCCUCAUGACCAAGCAAGUCGAAGUCGCAGACAUCGGAUGCGGUUACGGGGGCCUACUAUUCGCGCUCUCGCCGAGGCUGCCAGACCAGCUGAUCCUGGGCCUUGAGAUCCGCACCUCUGUGACCGAGUUCGUGCAGGAGAAGGUCAAGGCGUUACGGUCUCAGCACGCAUCCACUGGGGAUUUCCAGAAUGUCUCUUGCAUCCGGGCCAACACCAUGAAGUUCUUACCCAACUUCUUCAGCAAAUCUCAGUUGAGCAAGAUCUUCCUCUGCUUUCCAGACCCGCAAUUCAAGGCUCGUAAGCACAAAGCCCGCAUCGUCAGUACUUCGCUCAAUUCCGAGUACGCCUUCGUCAUGCGGCCGGGUGGUAAGGUUUACACCAUUACUGAUGUUGAAGACCUUCAUUAUUGGAUGGUUGAGCACUUUGAUGCUCAUCGCAGCUUUGAGCGAGUGUCCGAGGAUGAGCUGGAAGCUGACGAAUGCGUCGAAGUGAUGAAGUCGGAGACGGAAGAGGGCAAGAAGGUGGAAAGGAACCGGGGACCGAAGCAUGUCGCAGUAUUUAGGCGUCUCGAAGAUCCGCCCUGGCCAUAGGCCGUUGUGGUCCUCCCAGUUUCGAGCGUGUAGGUCCAAGGACAACGAAGUAUCAAGCUGCGAUGGACGCACGUCCGUGCUGUUGCUGUCACGAUCUCGGUUUCAGCAAUUUCCCCCGGAGUGCCGGCGGCCGAAUUCCAUAAGCCCGGGCGGUUUACCGGGUCUACUCCGUCGUGUACUUC